GUUGUUGUCAGCAGAGGCUGCUUCAUGUCUUUUGACUCUUUCUUCAGGUAAUAUAUCAGAUAAUGCCACUACGCCAACAGACAGACCAACAGCAGGACAGACCCCCACUGUGACAUCACCGUUACCCAGACCCAUCACCCCUGCAUCCACCAAUCAACAGCCAAAUUCUGUGACGCCUCAAGGAACCACAACACUAGGAGUGACCACCACAACUACAACCAAUAAGACGGCAACAAAAGCAGAACCCAGAAGUACUUCCUCAAGUACAACCAAUCAACCGAAAAAGGAAACUGAACCAGAAAGAACUACAACAAGUACCACCAAACAGUCGACCAAGACAGGGACGACCCCUCUCCUCAUCACUCCUACUCUACAGAUUGUCAGAGGGCGGUACGUCCCCAAAAAUGACAGCCGCCUAGCACAGAGGAACCACUCCAUCCCCGUGGGCCGCCCUCGCCUCCCCCCAUCCUCCACUCCCUCCCCCUCUCCCAGCUCCUUCCCCUCCCCCAACGGCACCUCUCUGCUGUGGGAUGACCUGAGCAGGACGCUGUCCUUCGCCUGGGAGCUCCAUGUCUACGGCUCUGCUGGCCUCUUCCUGCUCCUCCUGGCUGGAGCCGCCCUGGGCCUGGCCCUAUCCCCCAGCAUGCACUGCCCUCACCGCGGUGCCCUGACCCUGGCUAAUGCCCUCCUACUCCUGGUGGGCGCAGCAAGAGCAGCCCUGUUCAUGAUUGACCCCUACGGAACAAGGAAGAUUCUUCCCCGGCCUGCGGUGACUGCUCUCUAUAACCUCCCUCUGCCGUUACUGGUGUGGACGCAGGCUGCCCUGGCACUGCUGGCCAUGAAGGGGACAGGAGUGAGUCUGUUGCCCUCUGCUCUGGAGCGCCCUCCUCUGGUAGCUGUAUUGGCUGUGUUACAGUGCACCCUGCUUCUGGCUGCUGACCUGCUCUCCCCAGCCCUGUCCCCAGCCGUGCCUGUCACCCUGCAGUCCCUGUCUCUCUGCUGGGGCCUGGCUCUCUGUCUGGGCUACCUGUGCUACAUCUUCCCCCGCCUCCGCCAUCCCACUGCCCAGCCACCUGUCCUAGAGGAGGGGAGGGCCGUUAAAGCCUGGCCGGGGCGUAGGAGGGCAGGGUUGGUGCUGGGUCGUGUGCUGGCAGUGUGUGCCCUCCUGGGGGUGCUGUGCUGUGGCCUCCAUGUCCACUCCACCCUGUGGCUAUACGGGAUGUUGGGGGACUGGAGGCGCUUCUGCUGGGGCUGGUGGCUGGUGCACUUCUGGGCCCGACUGUUGGAGCUGGCCUGGGCCUUUUCUCUCCUCCUAUUGGGAUCCUGGGUGUUCUGGAGGCCCCGGGGGGCCCAAGACAGAGGAGAUGGAGGAGCAGGGGAGGGCAGGGCGGGAGUAGAUCUCCCCUCCCCUGGACAGUCCUCUGGGUCGACACACAAACACACCUGCUGGGCCAAGAUAGUCCAGAGCCUGACAGGAAAGCCCUGUGGGAAGUCAGAAAGUAACGGAGUGGGAGGAUCAGUAGGAGGAGGGGCAGGGGAGCUGCCUAAUAACUGGGCAGGGCAGGAACGCUCGGGGGCAGACAUCAGCAAGAGCCUGAUCAGAAACCGUGAGGCUCCACCCUCACAGCCGCGCUGUGUCAAGGACAGCAACCGAGGCCGCAACCAGAGGGGCAGGUCUGCAGAAAGGGGUAUGUCUGACGGGUCCACAGGGUCACUGCUGCGGCUGCAGCCGUUAGGUCGGCCACUACAGCACUCUCAGAGCGGCAGCCUGGAGCAGGAGAAAGAGUCAGGGGUGUCUCUGUAUGAUUUUGACCUGCGACCCCCCUCCCCCAUCGAUCUGGGCCGCAGCAUCGAUGAGGCCCUGCACCGUGAGCACCUUCUCCAUGGGGGCAGCUUGUUCCAGCCCCUGUGUGCCCCCUCACCCACUCCUUCACCAGGCUCAGCUGUCAGCCAGGGGGGGCCCUGGCUCCGCAGGAACAGCGACCCCCAGAUCUCUGACAGCAGCGAGGACCGCUCAGCCCGUACAGAGUUCUCUGUGCCACUGGGGGGUAGUGUGCUCAGCAGUGUUCCCAGCAGGCAGGUCACUGCUCCUCCCACGCCCUCUAACCAGGGGCAUCGCUGGGCCGGGGAUGGGGGGGUCAGUGUCCCUUCCUCAGUGUCCUGUCCCGUUUCUCUGCGCCCCUCUAGAACCUCCACGGGACAUCUCGGGAACGAGGGAGGAGACGACACGAGGCCGUUCCUCACCCCAGACUCUGAGACACAGAGUGGGAGGGCAGGCAGGGAGGAUGGGAAGAGCUACCUGGAGGUCAGCAGGCAGGAUGACUCUGCCAGCGUCAGCAGUGAGAUUAUUAACCUCUGAACCCUCAACUCCAACCCAGGAUAUCUGGACCAAUGACCAAGCCCCAAACAAAACCAUCAAGAACCAAACUUACGUAAUACCUUAACUCUUAGGUGAUAACUUUAACUAUAUCUUGUCAACUAGAUAGACUUUAUCAUAAACAUUGACUCAACUACAUUCAAACUGCCAUGGGAAUCAUGGACAGAGGACUUAUUUUAAGAAACUGAGGGAAAAUACAGAAAAGCUUCCCCUGACUAAAAUAGUUGUCUUAUAUGGGACAUUAUCCAGUGUUUGCUCUAAAUCAGAGUGGUUCAAUGGCUGCUAACCGGAAUCCGAUUCUGCGGCAUAGAGCACGGGUUCAAACAACAGAACACACACACACUCAUGCCUACAGAUACACACCUGUGUACCUUUGAUGCACUCGCUACAUUUCAAGCCUCACAUACUACAGCGCAUACAUUCACUCUUUGUAACACUUCUAUUUAAGGUGGUCUUGAGAGAACAGAGGAAUGGGCACAGGAUUCAUAUUGAUGACAAACCAGGGAUUCCUUAAAAUAUCUAUUGGUCAUCCCUACAAUUCCCUCUGAGGAUCCAUUUCUUAGAUACCAUGUUUUAUGGAUGUAUGUCAAAUAUGAACGUGGUAGCUCCUACUUUUAUGAAAGCCAUGGUGCUCCCUGUGAAAAUGUCUUUAUAUCAAUUUAUUGACUUUGUUUGCGUUGAUAGUAUUAAUCUGCUGUCCUUGAUAUGUCAACUUGAUGCAUACAUACGUUAAUGUGUUUUUAGGAUAUGUGCCAUAAACAUUGAUAAUGUCGGUGGUUGUUUUGAUGUUAUGCUUCAAAAUACAUUAAUAACGCAUUACCUGACUGACAAUGGUGUCUUUCCGUAGUUCCUCUAGCAGGAAAGUAGCGUAGAAGUCCACACUCCAAAAACAUAGGAUUGCUAGUUAUCGGCUCAUAAUUGAGUUGCUGUUUCAGUGCAGUCUGCCUUGUAUGUAAAUGUGAUGUUUAUUACAUAAGGAAAGCAACAGCCUAGAGAUACUACUGCAGAAAGAAAGUUGACCUGUGUAGCUGUGGCUGAUGCCUGGAGCUCUAGCUAAAAUAGUUCCUGCUAAAACUAGACAUUCUAAGACAUAUUUGUUUGAACGCUGACACUGGUACAUUUCGCCUGCUGAUUCUGGUACAUUCUAUCAUCACGGCCCGUCAAAGGAUAAGACUGCAUUUUAACAUUCAAUAAUCCUGGCAACAGUGUAAACAUAUCCACAACAUUUGAUCAGUUGCAGCAUAUCAGUGUAUACCGUGGACGUGAGUUAUUUUUAGCUGUACUCAUUGCAUCACACAGUUAAGCUGUGUUGCAUUACACAACGCUGACCUACUGUGAAGCACAAUGCUCCUGUACUAUAGUAGUACUUUACAGAUGUCUAUAAGCCUAGACCUGAGCACUCUAGACUGAAGUAUUUUUAUUACAGAAAAAAAUCAUAAGUAUAUUAUGUGACAUAAGAAGGUAUGUAAAUGCGGUUCUUUUUUUCUGUUUGUAAAUAAAGGUAUUUACUGUGA